CUAAAUAGUGACAGGUAGGUAGGUAAAUACGUCAUCCUCAGUUGUCCUCUGGGAGGUCAACACUCAUUGGUGCUAAUCUUUGCACCCGGUUUUUUUUGCCGUUUAUACUGGUAAUUGGUAGGUAGGUAGGGUCGGUAGGCUGGUAGGACCAGGUAGGUUCUUGGACUAGCUUUAAAAUCGCAGUUAAUUGUUAAUACCGAGGACACUUUGAACGACCGCUCAAUUUUCCCUCGGAGGUAGGUACAAGUGGUAAGGUACAGUGGUAAUUGGUUAAACUUUAUCCAUUAUUUCGCUCCUUCUUACGAGCAUCGGUGGUAUUCGGUAUAAGUUGGUAGGUUGGUAAAGGUAAAUUCAUAUACUGGUAUAAGUUGGUAGGUAUUGGUUUACGUCUCCUGGUUCAAGGUAUGGCCCCAUCCGGUAGAAAUAAAACGACGCAAAACAAUGACAGCGAUCCUUCGGAACAAAAUGGUACCCAAACGCAAGAUACCAAUCAAAACGUUCAAGAGACUGGCGUUCGAAAACUGGUUUCGCUUCGACGUCAUCACGAAAUGGAGAUCAAUACUUUGAUCGACAUGCUCGAAAACAACAUCUACGAGGAAGAAGAUGAUCUUGAACUCAUCAAUGAAACGUUCACUGAAUUGUCUCAAUUCCAACAAAAACUUGAUACCCUGAACGAUCAAAUGUUACAGGCUGGUUCUGAACACGAUUUUGAAGAACAUUCUCACUGGACAGUACAGUUGAAACAGAAAAUCCGAGUAUUUUCAAUGAAAGUGAAAAAAUAUUUGAAAAAACAAGUAUCAAAUCCUGCUACUUCUACAAUUCCAAAUAACAGCGCUCAAGAAAAUGCUACUUCAAUUUUCCCACAGGAAACCGCAACCUCCAUGCCGACUGCAAACAUAAUGGAUAUACCAAACAACAACCUUAUAACCAUGAGCAACAAUACUCAAGGCAAUGCAAGAACAGCUGCCGCUGACGACAACCUUUCGGCGCCAUUUCAAGGCGACCAAUCAUUUUCAAAUCCAUUUGCUAGUGAUGUUCCUAACCACAGCUCACAACAAGCUAGUGCUGCAAACCCUCCUAACAACAACAAUCGAGCUUUGGCAACUAAUUCAAGCGACACUUCUACUACAUUCAGUCGAUCAGUGCCAAAACUGAAGCCUACAAUUUUCAAUGGCAAUCCCAACUAUUGGUUGCACUGGUAUGGUGUAUUCGUAUCAUCGAUUCAUAAUUCUAAUAUGUCUCCAACUGAAAAGAUGAUCCAUCUUCAAUCAUUGGUAACUGGCCCAGCUAAACUAAUGAUAGCUGGUUAUGGUGCAAACGGCGACACAUACGAACUAGCACUACAACGUCUUCGUGAAAACUUUGGCAAUACCAAUAGAAUUGUCAACUCUUUUUUGCAACGUCUUGCAAAUUUCAAACCUCCAAAUCUGGCUCAACCAGAAUCAUACAUGCAGUUUUCUGCUUUUCUCCUAACUUUAGUGGACACUUUUGAGCAACUUGGUUUUGUUCACGAUAUUUGUUCUACAACAAACUUGAACACUGCUCUGGCAAAGCUUCCCGACCCUGUGAGAUUAGAAUGGAAUCGCUUCGUCAUCGACAAAGACUACGAUCAACCCUCCUUGAGACAUCUAGCACAAUGGUUUCAACGGUACGCACAGGCGUGUCGCGACAUGCCUCCGACAGGUUUCCGAAACCAAAACAAUAACAAUUUUAACAAUUCUUCUGGAAACGCUAAACACCCUAGUGGUUCCCGUUUCAAUGGUUUUACUACAAAUGGUGUAGGAAAUCAAAAUCAGCGCUUUAACCAUCAGGGAGAUCAACAAAACUCUCGUGCUCAGAAUAAUGUAAACUCGAAUGCUUGUCCUAGUGGAGACACCUGUGGACCUCUCUACAAAUGCGAGCACUUCAAAGCUUUAGACCCUAAGCAACGAAAAGAGCAUGCCCGAAAAAUGCACUUAUGCUUUAACUGUCUAGGGAAUCAUAGGUUUACUGACUGCAAUUCGAAAUCGCUCUGUCGAACCGAUAAUUGUGGUAAAAAACACCACACUCUACUCCACGAUCCUUCUGAUACUUAUGGAAAAAACCCUAGUAAAGCUGCAGUGAAUCGCGCAAUAGCUUGUCAGAGAUCAGAUAGUGGUAGCUGCGUAACUCUACUACUGGACUCAGUGGCAACUCAACUAGGCUUGGACGUCAACAAGAAGCACUCACUUCCCAUAUCUGGAUAUCAUGAGACCAAGUCAGUUCAAGUUACAUCUGUGGAUGUACAAAUUAGACCAUACAAAAGCACAUCGACUCUAAUGACGCUCGAUGACCUACUCACGGUAGAUGAAAAUAAUUUGGCCCCAGUUGAUAUUUUUCAACUAAACGCAAUGUGCAACAAUUUUCCACAUUUAAAGCAUGUUAAAUACCCGGACUUAAACGACAAUAGCAUAUCGCUAGUCAUCGGAAACAACAAUCCAGAAUAUCAUGAGAUCAAAAAUACCGUUUAUGGCCCCAAGAAUGUUCCCUGGGCUAUCGAAACCCUUUUGGGAUGGACAUGCACAGACAUCAAAAAAGAAAAACCAAUUGAAGGCAAAAGUAGACUUCGAACAUUAGCACCGUUUGUGGACAACUUCGGUAUCCUGCGUUCUCGUGGACGUCUCACGCGUGCCCCUAUCAUGCUAUCAGCUAGAUAUCCAAUCAUUCUCGCUGGUGAAAACCCCAAUGUUCGCCUGCUGCUAGCUAACAUCCAUGUUCUACAUUCCCACUGCGGAAAGGAACAAGCAAUGGCCAUAGCACAGGAAAACUACUGGAUUCUUCGCUGCCGCGUCAUGCUGAAAAGUAUCAUACACAGUUGUAUACCCUGCAGAAGAAUGCAACAACAAGUCGACUACCCUCAGAUGUCAGAUCUUCCAAUUGAUCGACUGCCAUCAAAAAAUCAUUUUCCUUUUGCAACGACUGGAUUGGACUACGUUGGACCUUUUCCCAUCAUCCUUCAAGGAAAACAAUACCAAGCGUAUAUUUUACUGUUCACAUGCUUAGUGAUCAGAGCUGUUCAUCUUGAAAUCUCAUUAGGACUAUCGACAGACAGCACUCUUCUUUGUAUCAGACGCUUUUUUGCCCGGCGAGGAAAACCAUCGAAAAUGGUUUCUGAUUGUGGGACAAGUUUUGUGGGCUCCAAUUCUGAGCUGAAGAAAUGUCUAGACAACUUGGAAAAGAACAAAGAAUUUGUGGAAAGCAUCAAUCAGCUGGACGUAUCACUCGAAUGGAAAUUCAACCCUCCUGCGGCCCCUCAUUUUGGUGGUUCUUGGGAACGACUAGUUCAGAUAUUUAAACUUUCCCUGUACAAAGUCAUCGGAUCAAGAACACUCUCCUAUGAAACACUGGCUACUUUCACGACCGAAAUUGAAUCAACCAUGAAUUCACGACCUUUAACCAAUGUGUCUGACGACAUCAAAGAUGAUCUGCCUCUCACUCCCAACCAUUUCCUUCUUGGUCGUGGAACUCCAAAUUUACCGCCUGGUAUCUUCAAGGACAAGGAUUUAUCUCUGUCAAAAUCAUGGAAAGCAUCCCAACUACUCGCAGAUCACUUCUGGAAUCGCUUUCUUCGAGAGUACUUACCAGGUCAGCAGAAACGAUCAAAGUGGACUUCUGCGACUUCCAAUUUGCAACCCAACGACAUGGUCUGGAUGUUGGAGGAUUUUACACCUCGUGGACUGUGGCCUCUUGCUAAAGUGGUGGAAACCUUUCCUGGACAAGAUGGAAUAGUCCGCUCAGUGAAGCUGAAAACGCCAACUGGAUUCAAAGUUCGACCUGUGGUCAAAUUGAGCCGCGUUUUCCCAGUUUCGCAGUAA